UAUACACUUAACAGCUUCAAUGGAUUAGCUGGGCGUUUCUUACACAGUCAUUGAGGGAUUAGUCUGACCUUCCUUGACCCCUGGUUUAGCAUUAUGCAAGACUCAGGGUUUUAUGCUGCACAAUAGAGACAUUCAGCACCUCAUUACUCUAAAAAUUCAAACUGAAUGGGCCCUUUUGCACAUCAUUACCUAAGAAAGCAGGUUUUGGGUGUGUUUCUGAAGUGGGGGCUGGCCUUUGGAGGUAGUCUGAUUUAAACGAGCAAGUCAGAGCUCUAGAUUAUUCAGUGCAAAGUUUAGUUGCUGAACAGUUCAGUUACACCAUGGAAUCCACAAGAAAAAAACAGAAGGAACUUACUUUAUCUGAGAAGAUUCAAGUGCUUGAAUUGCUUCAGAGGCAAAAAAUAUCCCAGAUGGAAUUGGCAAAGCGCUUUGGUGUUACACAGCCUGUCAUCUCCAGGCUAAUCAAGAACAAGGAAAAAGUAUUAAUGGAAUGGCACAAUAACAGCAAUCCAGAUCGUAAAAGGAAAAGAGAAGGGAGGGAUACUGAUGUGGAUACUGCCCUCUUACAGUGGUUCCAGGUUGCCAGAGCACAACAUGUAGUUGUCUCAGAUGAAGCCUUGGCUGCAAAGGCCAAGGGCCUGGCAGAUGCUAUGCAGAUCAGAAAUUUUGUUCCAACUGUUGGCUGGAUCAACAGGUGGAAAGCUCGUCAUGGUCCCUUUCUGCAACAAGCACAUGGAGAAAUAGAUGGCAGAAGUCAGUCAUCAGGCAGUGCAUCACAAGAGGUUGUGCCACCAGAAGGAAUGACUGAAGAAGAAUUUCAUCAGUAUGUGGAACAAGCUGCUAUUAAAGUGUGUGUUUGGGAUAUAGCUGAUCAAGAACCAGGAAACGCCAUGAAAGCAAUUACGAAAUCAGAAGCUAUUGAUGUUGAGGAAGAGAAAACUAUCCCUACUUUUAAGAUGGCAAGAGGAAGUAAUGGCCAAAUAACACCUUUGUUGAACCAAUAUAAUACGCCUUAUGGAAGGAUUUCUGCUUCAAGAAAAGAUAUCUGUAUGGAAGUGCCUAGUAGUUCUUACUCACAGCCUGGAACCUCAGGCUACCAGUCUUAUGCAUUUCCUAGGUGGAUAGCCCCAGAGGCAGGACGAAAACGAAGUGAAGGGAAAUCUCUGUUAACUACUCAGCCACAGCUGAGUAACAGCUUUGAAGGAUUGGACAAGGCAGAGACUCAUCAAAUUACAAAUAUAUCGCUUUCUCCAACCUGUGCUAGAAUACCCUCAACAUCAUCUCCUAGACCUCUUACAAGAGAUGACCUUUUAUUUCUGCAGCAGCAUCAAACGGGCAUCCCACGCUAUGGAACCAGGAAUGAGACUGAAGUGCCAGCAGCAUCCACAGAAGAGCAAGAGCUUAUUCUAGAAAACCAAAGGAAAUUUGGAUUGUACCUUGAUGAGAAAAGGGAAAGUCUUAAAAGAUUACAUGUACUGGAGGAAGAACUGCUCAGAGCUAAAAUUGAAGUUGAACAAUUAAAAGCAUCACGACUGCGAGAAUUGUCAGUGCUCAAGGACUCCUGAAAGGAGAACCUUCAUUGCUUGUUUAUUCAGCUCUGUGAUCCUGACUGUGACAUUUUACCAAGGAACAUUGUUGAGAUGAAAAGAGUGAAUUCCAAUGAGGAUUCUCCCAUUAAAGCACACUGACUUUGCUGGAAGAAUCAAGGGACCUUAUAAAAGUUUACCCUGAUUUUUAUCAGCAGUUUAGCAGGAUGAUAGACCAGACUGGUAUAUGAUAAUAUUGAAUUUAAAAACAGUAAAUCUGCUUUGGUCAGUGAAUAAAUAUCACAUGAUAUAUAACUGAGUCUAACAGAUGAGAUGUUGUAAGUUUAAACUCACUCUGCUUUGUGUUCAUUGAUGUAAAUUGUGGAGGCAAUACAGCAGUUGGCAUCGAUAUCCAUGGGCUGAUUAUCAUUCCCUUUCAGCACCACUAUAUCGCCAUUUUGUUAGAAAUAGCGCCUUUGAACACUAGAUAUUUAAUUAACUUUGGUUGUAGAACACGUUUUAAUAACAUGCCUUUUUAUUGUAUUCUAACUCUUCAGAAAUGUUAUUUAGGACAGUAAGAGAUCCUUAUGGUUUAUUGGUUGAUGUUGAGGGAAUAACAUACCUCAUGACAGUUGUGAUAACCACUGUGUAAUAUUUUGAUAGUUCUUUGGCAGCCCAUUCCAUUUGUUUGCCAGCUCUUGUGCAAAGUAGUAAUUUGUCCAAUUUGAAUAACACCAGCAAUCUGUCAGCCUUGCUUUCAAACUUACCAAGUGAAAGAUUUCUUUUUCAUCUCCUUGUUAUCCAUGUCAGUUCCAUUUCAACUUACAUGCUUUUUAAAAAAUUAAAUACAGUAGUUCACUCAGUAAUAAAAACAAAAUACUGCAGAUACUGGAAAUUGU